UUGUUUAACUUAAACGGGAUUGUUUUCCUUUCUAAAAUGUUUUCUUUUUCUCAUGUCCGAUCAGUAUCCUCAAAACACCCCCAAUCUCACCCCUCCGUUGCCCUUUUCAAUAAAAAAACUCUCCAACAGUAGCGUCUCCAUUAUCUGGAUGUCUCUUGCUUCCCCGACGCUGGGGGAAGAGGUGUGGCUGCUCUCCGACCGAUUAGCAAAGGAGAGUUGCUUUUUAAAGUUCCAAAAUCUACCUUAAUCAUAACUGACUCUCUUCUUUCAAGAGAUGAAACUUUGUCUCUUGCACUCAAAGCCCAUCCUUCUCACUCUUCUACCCAGGCAGCUAUUCACUGUUUGUUUGGUAUAUGAAAUCAAUAAAGGAAAGGCUUCUCCAUGGCACCCUUAUUUUCUGCACUUACCUCGUAGUUAUUCCAUACUUGCCGCUUUCGGUGAACUUGAAACGCAAGCCUUGCAAGUGGAUUAUGCCAUUUGGGCUGCUCAGAAAGCUGUCACAAAAGCUAAAUACAAGUGGGAACAAGCCUUCACUCGCAUGAAGGAACUUAAGCUUAAGCCUCCACUUCUCAGUUUGAAGGCUUGGAUUUGGGCUACUGGGACUGUUCAGAUUAUUGCUCGGGACAAAAUACUGCAGACUUCCGGAAAUAUAUGUUAUUUAUGCAAACAUUUCUUAGUAAUAUGAGAUUAAAAUUUGGAGUGUCAAACAAAUAAUACUGUUUGAAAAGUUCAGAAUUGGAAUAGACUGCUGCUUUAAAGUAUCUGUAUGGAUGGUUACGUCAUCACCCAAAGUAUGGUACUCUUGCACCACCGGAGCUUGCUAAUUCUUUGUAUUUUGCAUAUGUAAUAUAAUUCUUUGUUUUUUUGGUUAGUUUUUUUCUUUUGGAACAAUGCCUUGAUAUUGCAAUCUUGGUUUAAGUGUAAGCCGCUUCCUCUAAUGUUACUGUGGGAUAGUUUGCUUAUGUUGUGAAUACUGUGAUUACAA